CGGUCUGCUCCUCCUACCCUCUCUUUCCCUUUGUAUAAGAGCUAGGACCCGAAUCCCUUGUAUUUCUACACUAGAACCAUAUACCCUGUACUCGAUCUUGUAUGCCUAGACUUGAUCCAGUCAAGAACUCAGUGCAAAGAAAUCUAACAAGGGCGAGAUGACGGCGGAGGUGCAGAUCGUGGAGCCCUCGGCCGCGGCGGUGGCGGGCGAGGGGAGCACCACGGGGUACGUGCGGGACAUGGUGACCUACACCGUGAUGGACGACCUCUCGAUGGCGCCCAUGUCCACCAUCUGCGCCGUCGCCGCCCUCGCCGGCCUCGGCGUCUCUGACAUCACCGGACUCCAGGCCAAGACGGUGGAGAUCGGCUACAAAGAGGGCUUGGCUUUGCUGAAGGCGUCGUUGCAGUCGCAGACGGUGCUCACCGACGUCUUCCUCGGGGCCAAAGGGAGUAGUGGUGGUGAAAGAGCUGCUGGAUUGGGGUCUCGGAAUCCGUAUAGGUUUAGGGGCAACUUUUAAUUCAGGGGCUGCCAAAGCACAGUUGGAAGUUGAUGCAUUUUUGUUUCGAACUUGUUUGAACUUGGCACGGCUGAAUAUGCGUUCAAUCGAACAGUUCCAUGUCCUCAUUUGCUAUGCCAAUUAGUGGCUUGCCAGUUCCUCCGAUCCCUCAGUUCUAACGGUGCUUAAUCUUGUGAGCAUAUUCUAUUAGUAGGAUCGGUAGGGGUACAUACAUGCAGCCAAACAAAAGGAUGAACAAGUUGAUGCAACACUUCCAUAUCUACAGUUGCUACUUGCUAUUUGCCUAUCAGUGUAUGCAUGUAUUCCCUCUGUUCUAAGAGCAUCUCCAAGAGCUCUUGUAUCCAUGACUAGUUAAAAUCCUGAUUUAGCUAUUAUGUAAAAUAAAAUGGCUAGUAAAACAGUGGUGAAAUCCAACAGCUUCUCUAAAUCCAACUGCGAGCACAGUUCAUCU